AUGGGUCGGCUCGACCGGAGUGAUACCACGGCCUCACAGAAAACCGGCGUGAAACAGCCACAGCGUUGUGUUUCGCCUCAUGAAGUCAGUGAAGAGUGUGGUGGAAGCACAGAUAUUAAUGAUGACGGUGAAAGUGAUCAAAUGAUAACUAAUGAAGUGACUAACUAUGACAACCGUCGAGAAGUCAAAGAAGACUCCUCGCCAGAACAAAGAAGAGCCAAUUUUGUUGUAGAUGAAAUCAACUUUGUCAGAGAGAAUAAUGAAUUAGAAGGAACAAAUACGACUGAAAUGAAUACAGUUAACGAGACGGCCACCAUCGAGAACGUAACUUGCAAUUACCAGAAUAGCAGCACGGAAGAAGAGGAUGUAGAGACGUCGUACCUCGCCAACUAUCCGUUUUCUGUGUCUAUACAGAAAAAAGGUGCGCAUUACGUUUCUGGAGCUCUGAUUGGUAAAAGAUUUAUUCUGAGCGUAGCUGGAGAGUUUUAUCAUGUCCGAGAUUCUCUAAAAUUAUUUAGAGCAAGACUAGGAUCCGUGGACUGCAAAAGAGGUGGCACAUUAGUGCCUAUCAAAAAAAUUGAAAUCCAUCCAUACUAUGUCUAUGGGAAACCAAAUUUUGACGUCGCUCUUUUACGGCUAGCAUCACCAGUAGAAUAUUCUGACUCUUUAAGACCAAUAGGAAUUUCUAAAAUCAAUGGCAAAGUGCUGAGUGCCAAGUUUAUGACAACAUACUGGCCGAGAAUUGUGCUAAAAGGAAAAACAAUACCGGAAACGGCUAAGGAACGAAUAAAACACAACCGUAUGCGGGUAUCAACUCAGAAGCUAAUUCCUGUAGAUAAAUGCAAUAAAAUUAUGAAGGCUAUUAAUGAACACAUCAACGAAUCCAGUCUGUGUCUGGAGCCAAUUGUUACUCAUCAUAGUGAGUGCAUGCCCGAUGCCGGGGCACCAGUAGUCGCCGAAGAUGGCCUUUGGGGCAUUACGUCUGGUUGGGUAGCGCCAACAUGUCCGACUUUUGCAGCUCCAACAAUAUUUACGCGAAUCUCUUCGAUAUCUGUGCGCUCCUGGUUGGACAUUCAACUACUUAAUAUUUAG